AUGGACUCUCAGGACGGAAUUUCCGUCCGGCCUAUGAGGCUCAAGGUGCUCUACACAUUCGAUGAUGCCAACAAAACGAAUUGCCUGGCCCGCUGGCCCCAUCUCCUCGACAUUCAGACUGCUGUCCUCGAUGAGAAAACACAAAUCGGUGUCAUUGAAUUGAAGACAUGCAUUCAAGCCAUCGUCUCGGCAAGCCCGGAACUCGUUGCCAAACUGGGGCAGGAUUAUACGGUGUACGCCUACGAUUACUCGGAAUAUGAGACGCCUCUCGUCGGGCAGGGAAUGCUCUCUUGGGUUCUGGCUUCUGCUUCUCCGACCCCUGACGCACCGGCACAUCAAUCGGAAACUAUGGUCACCGGGCGGGUGUGCAAGAAUGUUCUAGGCUUAUUUUCGAAGGGUGCCCAGGAGACAUUGGAGGUGAAAUUGCGACUGGUCCCUGUUCCCACCGUUAUGCAAAGCGAGUACCUCGACAGCAUGCAGCGAUACCGCGAAUUGAGCAAUGUCAUCCCCCACGAGUUCGACGCACAGGCCUGGACCAAUUUCCUUCGCCAGAACCCCGGUCUGCUGGCCCCCCGCCUUCAGCAACCCGACCGAACGGCAUCACCCGUGGACCACGCCGGAAUUGAACGCUUCCAUCGCUUGCUGAGUGAAGGAUCGACCCCAAGAGAAUUGCCCUCGUUUGCCGCCAAUGGUUCCAUUCGCUCGGUAUCGCCCGCACAGUCCGUCCUGGGUCAUGCAAGCCGGAUGACCACGCCUGGAUGCCCGGCUUCGGGGCAGCAGCAGGAGCAAGCCCUGCAGCUGCACCAGCCACAGGAGCGAUCCCACACCGAUGUCAUUCGCCCCUCAUCGAGCGCCUCCAUGCGCGAGUCCGACCUCCCCUCCCAGGCGAGAUAUGCCAGUCGCCGAGGAUCCAUGCAGUCUGGCUACGGUAGCGGUGACGAAUCCUCGGAGCAGCAACCCCGGAAAAGAGCCAAGCUGUACCGUACCGAGUGGCCCGGCAAGUCCGAUCUGAACAUUGAAAGACAGCCCAGCUCCCUCCGUGUGGCCGCCAGCACGGCUGCCUCUGUCCGGAUCCAUCGCCCUACCCCUGUCAACCCGUCGAUUGCGGCUGCUCAAAGUUCGAAUGAAGAGCCCGUUCGGCCGCCAACUCCAAUCUCCCACGGCAAUGACCUUCCUCGCCGCGCUCGCCCCCCGCAUAGCCUCUUGCGUGAGUCGUCGACUCACAGCCAUGGGCAGUACACAUCCCCCUACCCCAUGAGCGACGAUCAUCAACCCGGGGAUCACACUCAGUCGCCGGAAGAGUCCCGGUAUCAAGGCCUCUUUGAGCCCUCCUUCAAUAUGCCGUCUUCCCCUCCUGUUCUGGAUUGCGGAUUCCCUGGUCGCUCCAGCCCGGUUCUCCCGCCGAUGGCCACGGAUCCGGAUUCGGGCUUCAUGAGCGGGGGUAUGGAUGAUCUCCUGGAUGAGGAAAUCGGUACUCCCUUGGAUGAUUGCCCCAGAUCGGUGUCCCACGAUGCUACUCGCGGCAAGCGAAGCGUGCGUCCGACUGCGCCAGCGAGCUCGCCUGUUGGACCCAUGAACCAUGACAACUACCCCGCCAGUGAUGCGCCCGACCAGGCAGGUAAGGAGAAGUCAUCCGCAGUCCCUCGUGCUCCGGCCAGCCUGGCGGGAUCGAGGCCAUCAUCUCGCGCGGGUAUCCGACAAGCCCCCAAGCCCCUGGCCCCUGCGCCCAUGUCACAGAGCGAGCUGGAGCAGCUUAUGAGUGUGAUCCCGGCCAGCGAUCCAGUCAUGCCUUCCCAUGUGCAUAUGCAGGGCACGCAGUCCUGGAAUGGUCCGAUGAGUGACUUUUCGGUCGCUGAGACGCCUGCUCCGCCGCCGCCCACCGAGGAUGGCAAGGUUCGCAGUGGUGCCGGUGCCCGACGACUGCGGCAGGUUCAAGCCCGCCUGGUCAAGUGUAUCGAGAACGGACAGGUUCCGCCUUAUUGUGAAAAUUGCGGUGCGAUUGAGACCCCUACCUGGCGUAGGGCUUGGUCCAAGGAGAUCGUGGGCAGUGAAGAGGAGGCCAAUGAACUGAUUAAGGACCCCACGAUGCUGUUCUGGCAGGCUGUGGACCGCAACGACCAAGAAAAGGUCACGAAAUUCAAGAUCUACAAGAAGAGCCUGGUGGAUGCGGACAAGGACUUUGUCCAGGUCCUGCUUUGCAACCCCUGUGGUCUGUGGCUUCACAAGUUCAAGGCCAUGCGACCCGAGAACAAGUGGAACAAGUCUGGCAGCAACAAGCGGAAGCGCCCUCCGAGGAACCGCAAGGGUGGCGGUCCGCUCUCGAGUAACACUGCGUCAGCGAGAAACCGUGCCCGGGCUGAUUCCAGCAAACCCGACGGUUCGUCGCCUGGGGCGUCCGAUGCAUCCUCGCCUCCGGUGGACGAUGGGACCACCCCCCGCGGGGAAACGGAGAACAACGAGAACGAGCCGAGCACUGUGCCCGACAAUGACGAUGUCCGGGAGCUACCGGCCAAGCGCCGCCGUGCCAACAGCCUGGAGCCACGCAAGUCGUCCGAUACGGCGGGCAGUCGUUGGCAGGAGCAGGAUCCGGUAGCGGCCCUCCGCGCAGCGAUCCAGUCGAGCCCCGCUCGGAAUCUUGAACACCGCAAUGCUCCAGCUGCGGGUGAGAAUGCUCUGACUCCCAAGUCCGUGAGACGAGUGCUUUUUCCUAAUUCGCACAAUGAGGGCGGGCCUUUGCGAACGUUAGGUGAUGCCACUCUGAACAGUCCCCGGCGCAGCCCUCGGAUCUCACGCGGAACCGACAAGCGACCGGACGACAAGGAGAAUCAGGCUUCUGCCGAUUUGGACGGGCUUUUCGAGAGUCCUGAAUUUGACUUUGAUCUGCCGACGAGUCCCACGCCGCGGCGUCGCAACCCUCGCGCGAACAUUCUGGGCGAAAAGCGACACUCGCUGCCUAGCAAUUCGCCGUCGCGGAGUCGGAAGGGGAUCAGCUCGGAUGCGACCCCGACUCGAAUCACUGCGCAACGACUCCAACGGAUCCAGAGCAGCCCAGGACCGGCGCGCCACAACACGACGUCGAAGCAGUCGCGCUCGCAGGGUCUUGGGCUUCCGGCUUUGGUGGAUGAUGCUUUCACCACGGAUGCCUUUGGGGAGAUGGGCAAUAUGAUUGUGGAUAUCUUUUCGGACGCACCGUCUGCGCAUACCGACGCGCUGUUUGCUCUGGAUUCGAACAAGGGCAAUUGGCCCGACUGGAUUCCUUCGGAUUAUGUGUCUCCUACGGGAACCGACGGCGAGCCGAACGGCGAGCCUACUGAAGACUCGGGGGAUCUCAUCAAUGCGCUGCUGUCUGAUCCGGACCUCCAAAAGAACCCGCAGUUUGAUAUUUUCAACUAUGUUGAUACGACCGUGCUGGACUCGGGGUUUUUCAGCUCGGAUGCGCUCAACGCGGACAGCGUGACGCUGGGCGUGAAAGAGAAGAGCGAAUCCGCCAAGGACAAGCCACCACAACCUACUGAUGCUUAA